GAAAUGGACUGCCCCAUCCCGCAAACCGAGCUUGACGAGAUCUAUGCUUUCGCAACCGAUCUCGCCCGUAAAGCGGGCCAGUUAUUGCUUGAGCGCGUCAACGAUCGCAACUCUGAGCAGGUCUACGCCGAGAAAGAGAAUGCAGUAGACUUGGUGACGCAGACUGACGAGGAUGUCGAGUCAUUAAUCAAAACAGCCAUACAGACCAAAUACCCAGCCCACAAAUUCCUCGGCGAGGAAAGCUACGCUAAGGGACAGAGCAGGGAAUACCUGAUCGAUGAGCAGCCGACCUGGUGUGUUGAUCCAUUAGACGGAACUGUAAACUUCACCCACGCCUUUCCCAUGUUCUGCGUCUCUAUCGGCUUUAUCGUAAACCACUACCCUGUAAUCGGAGUCAUCUACGCGCCAAUGCUAAACCAGCUCUUCUCGUCAUGCCUCAACCGCGGCGCAUGGCUGAACGAAAUGCAACAACUCCCGCUCAUCCGCAAACCGUCUAUCCCACCUCUACCAGCAACUGCACCAUCGAAGUGUAUCUUUGCAUGCGAGUGGGGAAAGGAUCGGCGCGAUAUUCCAGACGGUACUCUGCAAAGGAAGAUUGAGAGUUUUGUGAAUAUGGCGGCUGAACGGGGAUCUCGAGGUGGGAAGGGAGGCAUGGUGCAUGGGGUGCGGAGCCUGGGGAGUGCGACGAUGGACCUCGCAUACACGGCUAUGGGCUCUGUGGACAUCUGGUGGGAGGGAGGCUGUUGGGAGUGGGAUGUGGCAGCCGGUAUUGCAAUCCUGCUUGAAGCUGGGGGGUUGGUUACUGCGGCAAAUCCGCCGGAGGACAUAGAGGGGCCGAUUGAGCCGGUGAAGCUAGGCAGUCGGUUAUAUCUGGCUAUUCGACCCGCCGGACCCUCAGAAACAGAAACAGGUCGAGAGACACAAGAACGAACAGUUCGAGAAGUCUGGCGCCGCGUCCGCCAGCUAGACUAUGAAAGACCGACGAGACAAUCAUAG